UGCGGUUGUUGUAAUUCGUGAAAAACUUUGAUUUAAUGAUAAAACAUCGAUCGUAAACCAGUAAAAAUGACUAUAUUUCACGACGAGAUCGAAAUAGAAGACUUUGAAUAUGACGAAGAUGAUGAAAUGUAUUACUACCCGUGCCCGUGCGGAGAUCGUUUUCAGAUUAGUAAGGAAGAACUGAUGGCAGGGGAAGAAGUAGCGACAUGUCCAAGUUGCUCUCUUGUUGUCAAAGUCGUUUAUGAUUUAGACAAAUUCAAAGCGGAGGCUGAAGAAGUGCAUAAGGAGGACGGAGACAAGGAAACCGUGAAGGCGUAAAUGCCAGUGAGAAUGAACUUCUCCAAGCGAGGAAUCCCUUGACAUGCCCUGAACAACAAUGAAAUUGUUGAACAUGUUAUUACAAGAAGAGGACAGUCAGUGUCUGCAUGGAUGCACUAUGAACAUAGUUCAAUUUAUGCUGUGAUUCAGAUGUUUUAAUAAAGUUUAUUAUUUUAGUAAU